CUACCUUUACUUUGGUAGCCCAUGAGACGGGCUACAGAUGGCGAGAUCUAGCCAGGAGGUUGGGACUCACAGAAGCUCAGAUCCAAGGUGUGGUCAGCAAGCACCAAGGCCGCCUGGUGGAAAGCUGCAUGGAUGUCCUGGACACCUGGCAGAAGAGACCUGGUCCAAAGGACACCAUCCAGCUUCUGAAAAACACCUUAUUGGACUGUGGUCUUAAGGCGAUUGCAGAAACAAUGGUUGCAACUGAGGAGCGGAAAGUCGAGAUCAUUAAAUACAAAAAGAAGCUAUCAGGUGCCUUCUACACCAUUGCUGAGGACACAGGUCCUGACAAGUGGAAAGACCUUGCCAGGAAACUUGGUCUGAAACCUGCUCAGAUUGACGGCAUCGAGACCAGACAUCCCCGUGAGGUUAAGGAGUGCUGCAUGGAUGUGCUGGAAACAUGGCGGCUGAGGGAGGGGGGCGCUGCUACAGUUCAGGCUCUACAACAGGCUCUGAGGGAGGCAGACCUCACCGCUUUGGCAGAUGAUAUAGAUAUGUCUCCUGCCCAAUGAGAUAAUGCUACUAGGUCAAUUUUGUCAUGUUGGUGUGCCUCAUGGUAUUCAUAUUUCACAUAUUUGACGUGUACAAGUAUUGCUAUGUAUAAAAUGGCAUGCACUCCUUUCAAGUAAUGUAUAGUUUAUAUUUUUACCAGAGAGUUGUAACUAUUACAUGUAUCUGAUACUAUUUGUUUCCACUGUAAAACCAAUAAAACCAUUACAGAACAAAUCAAACUUAUGUCUGCUUCUCACUC